UGCAAAACAAAAGCAUUAGCGGGAACAGUAAACCAAUCAUCGUCUGUAGUAGGAGGGGCCUGUUUUCACCCACGCUAUUUAUGGUAUCUCCCCCACUUCUCAGUGUGUGUCUCACCGACAGGCGUGUGGCGCAGCACGGACAGAAAUAGUCGGUAGGAUGUCCAAGGAGGGCCAACCACGUGAGCCAGAGCAGCUGCGCAAGCUCUUCAUUGGAGGGCUCAGCUUUGAAACCACAGACGAUAGUUUGCGAGCGCAUUUUGAACAAUGGGGAACCUUAACGGAUUGUGUGGUGAUGAAAGAUCCAAACACCAAACGCUCCAGGGGCUUUGGGUUUGUCACCUAUUCCAGUGUGACUGAAGUCGACGCCGCUAUGGAUGCACGCCCCCACAAGGUCGACGGCAGGCUUGUGGAGCCCAAACGAGCCGUGUCUCGAGAGGACUCCAACAAGCCAUUUGCUCACACAACCGUGAAGAAGAUCUUUGUGGGUGGCAUUAAGGAUGACACUGAGGAGAACCAUCUUCGUGACUACUUCGAUGUGUUUGGAAAGAUUGAGGCCAUUGAGAUAAUGGUUGACCACAAGACUGGAAACAAAAGGGGCUUUGCCUUUGUUACGUUUGACGACCAUGAUUCUGUUGAUCGUAUUGUCAUUCAAAAAUACCACACUGUGAAUGGGCACAACUGUGAAGUCAGGAAAGCUCUAUCUAAACAAGAAAUGCAGAACACUGGCAUGAACAUGAGAGGCCGUGGUGGUGGUGGUGGAGGUGGAAACUUCAACAGAUAUGGCAAUAACGGUGGCUACAACAAUGACUUCGGAGGCGGUGGUGGCGGCGGUAGUGGCAACCGCGACGGAUACUUUGGAAGAGGAGGUAGAGGAGGUAAUGGUGGCGGAGGUGGUGGUUAUGGAGGAGGUGACUGCUACAACAAUGGAUUUGGUGGAGAUGGUGGUUAUGGUGGUGGUGGCGGCGGUCCUGGUAACUAUGGUGGAAAUCGUGGAUAUGGUGGCGGCGGUGGUGGAGGAGGACAUGGUUAUGGCAACCAAGGUGGAGGUUAUGGUGGUGGUGGGAACAGCGGUGGUGGCUAUAAUGACAAUUACAACAAUGGCAAUGGAAACUUUGGAGGUGGCAACUUUGGAGGUGGUGGCGGCGGCGGUGGUGGAAGUGGUAACUACAAUGACUUUGGCAACUAUAACAACCAGCAGUCCAACUAUGGCCCCAUGAAGGGGAACUUUGGAAGUGGUGGCGGAGGAGGAAGGAACAGUGGCCCAUAUGGUGGUGGCUAUGGAGGUGGAUCCAGUGGUGGAUAUGGUGGUGGCUCUAGUGGUAGACGGUUUUAAACUCAGAAAGGACUGAGUGCUUUAGGAGAGGAGAGCAAGAGAAGUGACAGGGCAGAUGCAGGUUUACAUCCCUAGAUCUGCUCAGCCAAACAGGUUUGGCAGAUUUACAGCUGCCACCAGAAGAAGUGUACAGUAGCGCUAUCGUGUGUGGGACAUCAUGAAUUUGUCAUCAUGCAGACUUAUUUUAUAUUGUCUAUGGAGGAAAAAGCAUUCCAAUGAGGUUUUAUGUAGAAUUACUUUCAGUCGUUAUGGUUUUGAUUUUUAUGUAACCAAUCAAGGUGAAAUAAAACAUCAUUUUUGUUUUUUUUAAA